ACGAAACCUAGCCCAAUUAGAGACCACGGACCGCCAAGAAGAAUGGGGCAGAUAUAUAAUUGACAAAGAACAAAAAAACCAGAAAAACCGGAAUAAUUCAGAAAAUACAUGGAAUUCUAUUUAGACCGGAUUAGUCUUCAAAUGCAAAUAUUAUCGAUUUUGGGUCAGGGCUGUUUUCUUUCAAACUAAAUAGGGCCGGUCAGCUCGAACCAAUCGUGGUUAGCCUGUGGGGAAAAUUGCGAACCAGAAGUAGCAGGUGAGGUCGGUCAGAAACAGAUGGUUCUCGCUACCUCCACGAAGUAGCAGGGGCUUACUUUUCCUGACGAUGAAACCCAAAUCCUAUUGUUGUUAAUAUCAAAUUGAAUAAUCAAACCAAGAUGGUGAAUUUGUUCUUAUCUGAACCAAAGUGGAACGAUGAUGCCCAGAAAAGUAGUAACAUCAAUGUUAUUUUGCCUCUGUUAAACAAAUUAGGCUCUCAAAUUCAAUCAUUGGUGACUCAUGGAGCUCGAUCAGAAGCUAGGCUUUGGCUUUGUAGUGCUCUUUCCACUAUUUCUAUAUCUCCUAGCAAGCAACUUAAUAUCUUCAUGAAGUUAUUGAGAUCAAAACCUAGAAAGAUGCAGUUUUUAUCUCAGGUUUUGACAAUGAUGUUUGAGAAGAGACCAAGGAAACUUGGAUUUUUGUUAGCUAAAAGAAGUUAUAUACUUGAGAAGUUCUUUGAAGGGAAUCAGAAGCGUAUACUAGAGUGGUUUUCUGAGUUUGCUUAUGAUGGUGGGUCUGAUCACAAGAGAGGUGCAAAAGCAUUGGCGCAGUUUGCGUUUGCGAAUCGGGAUAUUUGUUGGGAAGAGCUUGAGUGGCGAGGUAAACAUGGGCAAUCGCCUGCGGUUGUAGCUACAAAGCCUCAUUAUCUUCUUGAUUUAGACGUUGAAAGAACUAUUCAGAAUUUUCUUGACAAUGUCCCUGAGUUCUGGUCUUCCAAUGAGUUUGCUGAGUCGCUUAAAGAUGGACAGAUUUUGUUUCUUGAUACCAAAUUCUUUAUAGAUCUCUUUAUUCGUUUCAUGUAUGAAGAAGAUAUGUAUGAUGUGUGGGAUGCUGUUGAGGAGUUUCUUAGGGAGGAGUCUUUCUCUUCGUUAACACAGCAUCUCCUUAUCACUCUUGAAGAACGUGACUUGUGUCGAUUUCUUGAAUUGCUUGGUAACUAUUUUGAGCCAGGUAUUGAAUCUUGGGAUAGUGGUGACUCGUCUCGCUGGCUUGGGGUUCUUCUUUCAAGAUAUGUUGACACAGAAUCUAUCGACGAGCUGCUGCUGCUGAGUUCUAUUAUCAAUCAAGGUCGUCAGUUGCUGCGGCUUGUACGUGAUGAAAACGGGAAUGAUGAGGGAGAACUGUUGAAAGAAACCAUGGCAGAGAUAUGCAGAGGUUUGGAAAACGAAAGUAGCUUUUCUGUAAUUCUGAGAGAGCUCUCGAAGAUGAAACACAUACAGGUGAUAAAAUUACUCGGGCUACUUUCUUGGACUAUUCACUUCAGACUAUCAGAGGAAUGUCAGACGCCAGAUUCUUGGGAGCUUCUAUUUAGAGAAAAUGGGAUUGAGUUCCGCAGGUCUAGUGACCAUUCGUUGCUAAGCUAUAAUGGAUUCUCUGAAGAAAGUGAAUCUGACUCAGAUAGUAGAAGCCGUGUGUCUAAGAAGAGGCACAAGAGGGAGAAGAAGAAAAGAAAGAAGAAAAAGAAGAGGGCUUUUGAUGAUGAUGAUGAUCGUGGUGAUGAUGAGCUUUUAGAUCUGCAUUCAAUAAGUCGAAGUUGGUUGCUAUCUACUGAUGGGUUUUCUGCAACAUGGACCAGUGUGGAUUUACCGGAAUACAUCGCAAAGUAUUGUUUGUCGACAUGGAUGAAGGGGUUAUUAGCUAGACAAAAAUGAUUCACAGACAAGUCGGAAUUCAGAUGACAAAAUAGUAAGAUCCUACCAAUAUGUACAAAGUGCGAAACUCGAAAAUAUUCACCAUAUAUAGGUAUAACAUAUGUUCAUGAAGGUGUUGAAGCAAUGAAAGAGAAGAGGAAUGAAACUGAAUCAGUCAUUAUCACUCUAUGUAAAAAGUGUAACGUUUUUGGCUGGAUUAGUUUCCAAUUUGUGACCAAUAAAACCCAAAUUUCGAAGAUAAGAGUUUGGGCUCAGAACCCUUUAUUGCUUCUGAUGCUCAGAACUAAUGUACAGUAAUCUUUUGCAUUGUGUAGCUUUUGAUAGUGAAAAAUAUUUUUGAAUAAAAAGCUUAUCUACUGUACCAUUCUAGCAGCAGCGGUUGGCAAGGAAUCGCAAACCAAGGGUUGUUCCUUACUGUUAAGACACUCUCAUAUAUGGAAAGCAAUGUU